CUUUUUCGUUUUAUAGAGACAUAAGAGACAUCGAUCUGCCUCAAACCCGUAUAGGGCACGUACCACUCAACACGGUCUUAACUUUCUUCUGUUACUAACCUAUUGUAAGUACCGUUCUUAUUUUGGAGUAAUACUUCUUCUAGUGCUUCAAAGUGUAACGAAUGCCCCAACAAAUCCAUUUGUGUUUGCUCAUUAUCGCGGUGGCCAUGAAAGAGUGUUGCGGAGAGAUUUCCCUGUGCCCGUUAGAUUUUUAUCAUGAGCAAUUUUCUGAGAAAAAAGAGGAACAGAUAGUUAGUGAAGAGCUAGCCACCGGAUUGAACAUCGGCGACAUUAUGCCCGAAAACGCAAAGACCUACGACAAAAUGAGACCGCCAAAAAAAGACGGCAAUCCUACUAUAGUCUACUUUCACGUCACAGUCAUGGGUUUGGACAGUAUCGAUGAAAACUCCAUGACAUACGCAGCAGAUAUAUUUUUUGCUCAGACGUGGAAAGACCAUAGACUGAGACUACCAGAAAAUAUGACAUCCGAAUACAGACUAUUAGAGGUAGAAUGGUUGAAAAAUAUGUGGAGACCAGAUUCUUUCUUCAAAAAUGCAAAGUCGGUUACGUUCCAGACUAUGACUAUACCCAACCAUUACAUGUGGCUGUAUAAGGAUAAAACUAUUCUAUAUAUGGUUAAGCUAACUUUAAGAUUAUCAUGUGCUAUGAAUUUUAUGAUUUAUCCACAUGACACACAGGAAUGUAAACUACAAAUGGAAAGUUUAUCCCAUACAACGGAUGACAUGAUUUUCCAAUGGGAUCCUGACGUUCCAUUGGUUGUUGAUGAGAACAUUCAAUUACCUCAGCUGGCUUUAGUGAAAAAUUACACUGCUGACUGCACGCAAGUGUAUUCUACAGGUAACUUCACGUGUUUAGAGGUGGUUUUUGUCUUAAAGCGACGGUUGGGCUACUAUUUGUUCCACACCUACAUCCCAACAUGUCUUAUUGUCAUAAUGUCGUGGGUGUCUUUUUGGAUAAAACCUGAAGCAGCUCCAGCACGGGUUACCUUAGGUGUGACGUCACUACUAACAUUGUCUACCCAACAUGCAAAAAGUCAAGCUGCUUUGCCUCCCGUAUCGUAUUUGAAAGCCGUAGAUGGUUUUAUGUCCGUCUGUACUAUCUUCGUCUUCAUGGCCCUGAUGGAGUACUGCCUGGUAAACAUCGUUCUGGGCGAUUCUGACGCCCCAAAGCCUCCCGCCCCACCUUCUACCGGCCUCAGUGGUUCCAGUUCCCGCCUCAGCAAGAAACGAAGUACGGCCAACAGCAUCUUCGAACCACCUCCGACCACUCCAGCGCCUGCUCCAGUUCCCAAGGAGAGCUCGCUGCUACUGCUGACCGCCCCCAACGAUUCAGGAUUGGGCCCUCAAGCACCCAAACCGCUCACGCCUGCGCAGAAACGGCUCAAUAGCGCGAUUAAUAUCGAUCGAUUUAGCAGGGUGUUUUUUCCGCUGCUCUUCACUGUGCUCAAUUGUACAUAUUGGAUAUUGUUUGCUGAGUAUAUUUAGUAUGAUUCUUUGCAUCUAGGUUACAUUGAAUUAUUAUUGCUGACAUAUAUGUUCUAGAGGUAAUACGAAAAUGUUUUUGUACCUAGUAUUGAGAAUAUUGGCACCAUUAAAGGGAAAAGUAAAUGUUUUCAAAAACUAGACUACAGAUGUAUCAUCAAACAAGUUUCAGACCGUAACUUCAAGAUACUUUUAAGCCAUAUAUUCUCUUAACUAUUUUCAUUUGUUCUCUCGUUAUUUCGUUUCAUCAUGUCUUAUUUGGUGCUCGUUUGUCUUGAGCAUAUAAAAAAUAUAGCUACUGUUUAUUUUGUCAUUUAUUUUUAAUAGAAAUUGUACAAAGUCCUCUUCAUCAUUGUUCUUCAGCUACUACACAAGUAGCCGCUGAAAUACGUAUUUCAUUCUUCACAAAUUUUUGUGGGUUACUUCAGACAUUAAACAGAUUUAAAGCAACUUAUGCUCCGCGUCUUAUCCGGUGACCUUCUUGGUACUGUACCUAUACCCUAUAAGUAGUCCAUUUACGCCCCGGCACACCAAAGAUGCAGCGUUGCAAUAGCUAUUGGUCAUUCCGCCAUAAAACUACGAACUAGUGCUGUUCAUAUUCGGUGCAUACACAGCAUACGUUUAUACGUUAGAAUGUCGUCUACGGAUACAGCAGAUGAAAUGAGAAUAUUUCUCCCAAUGCUUCCUUCAGCCAAGCUUUCUCUUUGAAUACAUUUGAAUAUUCAGGCAAAAGAAAUUGUCCUUAACGUUUAUAAGAGCGAACUGUUAUUUUAGGGCAUCCUGAAAUGAAAAUUCAUGAUAUUGAAAGACGUGUGGCGAACAAAACGGGAUUACGUCCUAAGACAAUUUUCAACAUUGUUAAAGAAUAUUAAAAAAAAUUAUCUCCACCACACAAGAGGCUGAAUUACACGAAGCUGUUUAGUUUUCUUGAAUACUAUAUGGAAUAAUUAUUUCCAGGAAAAAAAAAUUGUUAAAUGUCACAUUGGCAGUUAAGAUGGUUUUGUGCCCACUGCCCUAUGGGCAUUUGAGUCAAAGAAAAUGUCCGACUACCAUGAAGAAAUAGACAGGAGUUCAUUUGAACGAUGGUUUGAAGAGAUGCUCCCAAAACAGCAAUGCUGCAUACCACACUAGAAAACUAGAAAAAAUCCCCACAAUGUCCACAAGAAAGGCAGAAAUUCAACAAUUGCUUCUAUCAAAAGCAUAAACUUAUCCAUCUAGUCAGGCAGCACAAAUAUAAAUAUAAUCAUAAUGUUAUUGACGAAAUGGCUAAAAACCAAAAGACCGGUUUAAGGCUACCCCCUUAUCACUGGGACUCAAAUCCCAUUGGCUGUGGCAUGUGGCUGGAAAAAUUUGUUUUGUGAAGCUGUCAACAGAGUGACGGCAAGUCAUUGGAAAAAUUGCAUCCGUCACGUUCAAGAAACAAUCGAAACAAAGAUGUGGGAUCUGGACAAUAUGAUCGAUAUUCAAAUUGAACCUGUAAUAAUUAAUAUUAACCAUUCGGACUAUGAUUCAAGUACUUCCAGCGAAUAAAGAAUUGUGACAAGUAUGUGCACUUCUUUCUAUAUAAAUAAUUAUUUAUUUUGUUUGAUUAUUCCAAGACCAUUGAGGAAAAUACGGACCUGUACAAUCUCGCUUUUGUGCAUGUUGUGUUUUGUCUAGGCGUAACUGGACUACGAAUGAGGUAUAAUAUGUACUUUAUUAGGGUUGUAUAGAAGGAGAUAUGCUCAUCAGGCUGCUACAUUCAUAAUAAUAGUGCUUUUUGUCUUGAUAUUUUACUGCUGUCAAUGCUUCUGUCCCUGCAAGCGACUGAAAACAACAUCUUGGCCGAGAAUACCCCCUUCUAACCUUAACUGUAUUCUCGACUGGGUGCAAAAAGUAUUGCCUGCUAACAAAUCAGAAAUUCCAGAAGGUGAUAUAAAGCGUACUAAAAUAUCAGGAACUAAAAUACCUAAUAUCUUUAGGAAGAUACAAAAUGGCAUAUUUCUGUAUACUAUCCAGACUAAGGGUGUACAAGGUACAAGUAAAACCGACAGUUGUUCCGGUGCCUAACGCACAAAAAUUGUUGAAACGUUAAAAUAUAUAUCCUGAAAAAUUAACUACAUAACAUAUUCUGCGAUAUGUGUAUAGUAGAUCUAAAACAAAGCCAUCAAAAUACUUGUCUCACGUGAUUGCUACAGUCAUCGUCGCGGUACACUUGGUCCACUUUUUACUUGGUCCACUUUUUGAAGGCUCCAGUUUUUUCCGCUGCUUCAGUUGGAAAUAGAUCUACCAUGCAAUGUAAAUACUAUUAUCAUUAGUUACUAGCCAUAACUUUUAUUUGUUUAUAUAUAGCGAUUGAUAGAAUUUGUAGAUUAUCGUAAACCAUUUUAAAUCAGUGUGUUACUACGAUUACUUACACUAUUUCACUUUGAUCACUUGAUAGUAAUAUAAAAAUACCUUUUACGUUAAUAUUCUGGAGAUUGUAAUUACAUGAAAAGUCAAUAAAUUAACUAUGUAUAUAAAGACA